CCUGCAUUGUCUACUAGUACUGGCGUUUUGCCGUUUUCCUGGGUUUCUCGGUUUGGACACACGGGGUACUAAAAGUGUUAGACAGCUGCAUGCAUUGUCCGUUUCCAUCUUCUUUCGGUUGCAUUAUCGGGCGAAUGUUUCACUUUCUUUCUUUUCUUUCCCUUCAACCUUCUCAUAACAAGACAUACAUCAUUCUUGUGUCUUGGCUAUGCUAUCUUCAUCUUUUCCCCACCAUUGCAUGCAUCAGCGGGUUUCAUUCUUGUUUUAUCAUAUCUUUUUCUUCUUUUUUUUUCUUCAUCCAUUCCUCCCAAUUAUUGUGGGAGAUGAUUUCUUCAGCCUUCCGGUCCUGGUUGACCGCAUUUUCUAUUCUACUUUCGUCUGACUCCUGUCUGUCUUGCGUCUGCUUGUUUGUGUUUUCACUUAUUAUUAUAUUUAGCCCUUGAUUUGUAUGUAGAUACCCUUAGGUAGGCUUGGGUCUUUUGUUGUUGUCGCUGUUGUUGGUGUCGUCCGUCCGUCCGUCCGUCCUCUUGCUGGAUAGAAAGAAGGACUGACUGGCUGGCUGGCUUGUUUGAUUAAUUACAUACUUAGUACAUAGUGAGGGAUUUGAUGAAAUCUGUUGAUACUACUUCUAUUCAUGUUUCAUUCAAUGUGAAACAGUACUCGUAAGGAAGUAGAUGAAAGUUCAAGUAAAUAGUAGUAGCAGUACG